AGAUCGCGGAACACUGCAUAGAGAAAACGAAAGGAAAGCAGAAAAGAAGAACAUACAAAAAAAACAAAAAAAAAGUAAAACUAGGGUUUACGAACCGCCUUAUGAUCUAAAUGGCUUUAUUAGGAUCUGCGAUUUCUGGUGAGGUUGGCUUGAGAUUACUUCUAUCCCCACUUGGUACUAAUGUCGUAAUAAGAACAGCUUGUUGCACCGUUGGGAUUGCGUUGCCUGUGUACAAUACAUUCAAGGCUAUUGAGAAGAAGGAUCCUGUUCAACAAAAAAAGUGGCUUGUAUACUGGGCAGCAUUUGGUACUUUUAGCCUUGUGGAGAUCUUCUCUGACAGAAUUCUAUCCUGGUGUCCCAUGUACUACCACAUUAAAUUUGCAUUUCUCGUGUGGCUCCAACUUCCAUCUGUCGAUGGAGCAAAGAUCUUGUACGAGAGGCAUAUACGCCCAUUUCUGUUGAGGCAUCAAGCUCGAUUAGAUAAAGUGGCAGAUGGCACAUACCGUGAACUGGCCAAGUUUGCCAACUCUCACCAAGGAGAGAUUGAGUUCGCAAGGUCAGUGGUCAUGAAGAUAAUAGCAUCAGCAAACCAGAUGAUACAGGGUGUCCUUCAUCCAACUAGCCCAAUACAAGGGCAGAAGGCGGUAGGAGACACCCCUACAGCACCAGCACCCGCAACAGAAAAUGGGCGUAAGGCUGUAGGAGACACCCCUGCAGCACCAGCAUCCUCAACAGAAAACCAUGAUUCAGCCGAGUCAAGAGGUUGAUAAAAGAAUGAAAUGUGCCUCAGACUCCUCUAGACUCGGAAACAACAGAUGUUUUUUCUCCCUCUUCUCUAGUCAAAUUUCUGUUCAUUUCCCCCCAUUACAGUUUAGGAAGAUGUUUUCUACUCCAACUAGUUGAAGAAAAAUGUAGAUGAGGUUGAUAAAAGAAUGAAAUGUGCCUCAGACUCCUCUAGACUCGGAAACAACAGAUGUUUUUUCUCCCUCUUCUUCUCUAGUCAAAUUUCUGUUCAUUUCCCCCCAUUACAGUUUAGGAAGAUGUUUUCUACUCCAACUAGUUGAAGAAAAAUGUAGAUGCUCUCAUGAAUCAGGUUUUUUGUGUUUCUAGUUGAUAUUCUGUCAACAAAGAAAUAAACAACUCAUGUAAAUAGUUAACUAAAAGGAAACAGCGUUCUCAUGGUGCCAGGAUGAUACUGUUAGUAAAUAAUUUGUUGCUUUCCUUUGUGACAA